AUGAAAUUUAUCUUAUUCGUUGUGUGCACUUGUUUGGCUGUGUCUGGUUAUGCCCAUCUGACGCCAAAACAGCAUGAAACGAUCAGAGACAUUGCCAUAGUUUGUGCCCAGGAACUGGAAAUUAAGUUGGAUGACGCGUUCCUGCAGCCGGGAUCUUACGAAGGAGUACUGUUCAACGAUGACCGGAAGAACAAGCAGUUCAUAGCUUGUUUCCUCACCAAGAUGGGUGCUGUGUCCGAGGAUGGAAAGAUUUUGGGCAGCAAAUUGCUAGAAUUCAUGUCGGAUGAGCACGACGAAUCCAAUUUGAAAGGUACCGUCGAGAAGUGUGUGGCCGUUGAGGGUGAUACACUGGAAGACAGGGCGUACAAUUUUCACAAAUGUUUCUGGGCCGAACGGAUGGAUGAGCUGUGA